CAGCCGUCGCCGUCUCUCCCCAUUCUCAUCAAGACCGCAGCCUCAUCCAAGCAUCCUCUAUCCGACUAUUCGACCCCGCCGCCAUCCAUCUGCCGCGCGAGAAGAGACCCGCACGCUCUUGCCCUCGCCGUGCCGUGACCAGGACACCCCUAACACUGCAAACAGCUCAUCUCUGCCCGCCCACCCAUCAGCACGCCCUCCCCCCCCUUUCGCAGCCCGUCUGUCUGUCGGGCUCCUCUGUCUGCACCCAACGCCCAGUGCGAGCAAGUCGUCUGCGUGCCUCCUGCCCACCGCAUGCGACCUUAGUCCUGCAGCCCCACGGCACAGAGGCACUGCCAGCUCCGCAGCACCCAGCACACGACCGUCAAGAUGCGCGAGGUCAACUUCAGCAUCCCCAACGCCAACAAGGCCAGCGUCGGCAUCACCACGGCCCUCUACGACCGCCGUGCCCUCGACUGCACCUCGACCCUGCCGCUCAUCAACUCGCUCAACCACCUCGCCUACCUGACCACCUCAUCCGCCCGCAUACGCGACAUCCUGACCGUCGACGGCGGCAUCGAGCGCCUGAUAUGCAUCCUCAAGCAGGGCCGCAGCAAGGACAUGAUGGACAUGUGGAAGUGGAACCUGGCCUUCCAGUGCAUCUUCAACAUCGGCGUGCGCGGCUCAGAGAACGUGCGCACCCGCGUCGUCGAGGCUGACAUGGUGCCCGUUAUCGCCACCAUCCUCGACAGCUACAUCAAGGUCGUCGACAAGUGCAGGGCCCGCGCCGAGGCCGACAUGAACCGCUCUGCCCGCCUGCCCUCGUCGACCCGCCACCACUCGUCGUCCAGCGCGCCUCACAGGACGGACCGUUCGCGCCGCCCCGUGCCCCCGCCCAUCGACAUCCCCCACAUCUCUGCCCCCAUGGACACGCAGAUGCGAGACGCCUCUCCCGCCCCUGCCUUUGUUUUGAGCUCUCCACCCGAGCGCACCGUCUUCACCCGCACCCGUCCGCCUCACCACCACCACCACCGCAGCCACGAAGGACGGGCACAGCUGUUUGGUGGCGCCGUCGCCAACACCACCCGCAACCAUGGACAGCCGCUCGUCACUGCCUUGCCUUCCAUGGACGCCACCAACGAUGCCUUUGCCCUGCGGCCCGUGCGAGAUGCUGAUCGCCUGCCCUCGAUGUUGCCCGCCCUGCAGGGCGAAAUCACUUCCCAGCCCGAGUCACCCACCACGCCAAGUGCUCUGCCCGCCAACCAGACCAGUCCACGAACCGCCUUGAACCGCACACGACGCCGCCCCUCAAUCCGCCAUCAACUGUCUGCCUCUGGUGAGUCGGAUCUCGACGCCCAGCAAGACGACAUCCCCGUCAGCGCCCCCGUUGUAGCUGGAGCAGCUGUCAACGAACCGAUUGUAGGUAUCCAAAACAGCGAGAUCAACCUUUCCGACAUUGUCGACAACACGGAGAUGCUGGAUGCCGGCGCCACACCUGUCCCCCUUGCGCCCUCUGAAGGAACCGACGAGAACAAUGAGACUUUCAACAUCACACACCGUCCCGCUCUCGAUGGCAGUCUGAUCAACCCUACAAACACCCCACCCAACGCCACCAUCACCGGUUUCUCUCCUCUGCAGCCCACCAUCAAUGUCCCAAACACCAACCCCCCACCACCAUGGUAUCCUCGUUACGCCCAGGACCGCCAAGCGACAGCCGGCGCUCUCGCUGCCAUGCCACGCGAUGAGGACGUACUCAUGUCCCUGCAGUUGCUGGCGUACGUGUCCAAAUACUGCAACCUGCGUUCGUACUUCCAACAGUCCCACUUGGUGCCCAAACUGCAGAUUGGCACCGAUUUGCAACUCCUCGAUGGAGAAGCUACAAGCCCCGACACAGCGACAGUGACAGGGGAGGAGGAGGAACUAGAGGAGUACGAGCUCCCAGACGACUUCAACAUCUUCCCUCUUGUCGAGCAGUUCACCGUCCGCCACCACACGGCAGAUAUGCAGUACUGGGCGAGUGUAGUUAUGCGCAACCUGUGCCGAAAAGACGACUCCCGUGGAGGUAUCCGACAGUGCGCAUACUACCAGUGUGGCCGUUGGGAAGAAUACACACGCCAGUUCGCAAAGUGCCGCCGCUGUCGACGGACAAAAUAUUGCAGCAAAGAAUGCCAGAAGAGCGCAUGGGUUUUCCACCGCCACUGGUGCGUCGCCGCAAACUGAGUCGACGCCAGACUCUACCAUAUUCCCCUUGCCUAUUUCGUUUACCCGCAUUGUUUUUCAGUGCAUUGAUUGGAUCACUCAUCUAUGGCCGCAUAUUGCAUGGCGCUUGGCUUGGCUUUCCCUUGGAACAAUCUUUUUCUUCUUUUUCUCUUUUUUCCCAAUGCUUUCAUACUUAAUGAGCGAUACGACUACGCUGGAUACCACAUGUUUCUUACUCAGACUGGCUUUGUUUUUUUCCUUUCUGGAACUGGAAGGAGGGAUUUAUUGGGCGGUGGUGACGCAAAGUGCAUAAGGAGCGUGGACGCAACUAUACCAUAUUUCUAGGCACUGUACAUGAGGUGAUGGGGAGGCAUUGUUAGGCCAGUUGGAUUGUACAGGUGUUUGGAGCAAUCGGCUGGGUGGGCGAAUGGCGAAAUGUGCACUUGAAAUGGCAUUUAAUCCUCACAUACGCUCGUGUUCUUCUGGAUGUUGUGGAU